AAAUAUCAAAAUUUUUAAUACAUUUGUUUGACAUCACUAACUUACUGUAUAUUUGUGUUUUUUUUACAAAUUCUAAUUAAAAACUUUCCAAUACUUUAGUGAAUUCCUUUUUAAUAAUUCCGUCCAAUGCAAAGAAAGAAUCUCGGCUAAAUUUAUAAAACGGUUCCCGGAAAAAAAAACAACAUACAUACAUUUUAUAUAAAACUAAAUAAAUACGCAUGUACAUGCAUACAUUUGCAUAUUUAUUGUUAGCACUAAAAGUGGUGCACAUACAUUAACAAUAUAAUAUAAAUUAUAUAUAUAAAGGCCUGUUUAAUAAAAGAUGGCUUCCAAUUCAUCUAAGAAAAACAAAUCGUCUGGUUUGCGCAUGUUGUGGAUACCAGGACGAAAAAGCCAUCCGAAAGGUCACUACAGUUCGACAACCAAGCAAGUCUCGUAUUCGGCGAGCCAAAAGAAAAGCGAGGUAUGGACACUGGGCGGCAGCAGGGCUCAAAGCGAGCUUAUUGACUUACCGUCGCCGGAAAUCAACAACGGCGCUUCGACAUCAUCAUUGGCAAUAUUGGGCGGCAUGUCAUCGACACUUGUGAAGAAUGUGAAGAACAAUGAUUCCCAUGAGAAUCAUGGGAAUCAUGAGAAUCAUAUCAUAACAUCAACUGAUUCGCUUGGAAUCUCCGAAUGCGCCACACUGCCAACAACGCCAGUUGCAGCAAUCACUCCAAAUCUGAACAGUCCACUGUCGGAGCUGGCUCCAUCGACGGCCUCAACAAAUCCAAUGACAUCGCCAAUUGUUGUUACAACAGUCGAAAUACUUGAUUUGCACAACAUUUUAAGUCCCGAUGAUUUGCCAAAGGUGCCAUCGAUCGGCGAAACAACAGAUUUGUCAACUUCAGCUGUUGUAUUGAAUAGCUCGGCUGGAACGACAGCAUCGAUAGCAACAAACUCAUCGCCAUUAGCCAACCGGAAAGCCAACAGCCAGGCACAGUCCAACAACAGCAGCUCACAGAAUGCCUCGCCACAAAAGGGCAGAUACAGAAACCACAACAACAAUCAGGAUGACAUCAAUUCCAUUGAGAGUGUCUCGAGUUUCAAUAGAAAUCAGGUGAACACGGAUUUCGAGUGGAUCGAUGAGAUGGUGCAACAACGCAAUUGCAACGAAUUGAUGCAUAAAAACAAGCGUAAGAAAUCGAAAAAGUUACUCGGCAGCAAGGAAUCAGAUCAAUUGGAUGGAUGUAAAAUCAAAGAGAAAUUUGAUAGCAAGUCAAUCAAUCCGUAUGACGAUAAUGAUGAGAAGGUGGUUAAAUGUCUCUAUUAUUCUCUCAUGUGCUGCGACUGUACAAUAUCGUAGAAAUACACACACCACUAGCAUUUAUAUAUGAUAUAUACAUAUAUAUAUUUAUGUAUGUGUAGAAAAUAAAGACAAAAACAACAAACAAGGGCGCAUAUGCACGUACAUAUGCAUGGAAAUAUGUAUGUGGCAUAGGAAUGAAAUGUAUGCAUUUACAAAAUACUGCUCAAUUACUUUGUAUGUAUGUUAUGUAUAAAAUUAAAUAAUUUUAUACGGAUCAGAAUUUAA